AUGUCGAUCCUGCAAAAAAUUGCCGACAUCGAAAAUGAGAUGAACCGAACCCAAAAGAACAAGGCCACCAAUGCACAUUUGGGUAUUCUGAAAGCCAAAUUGGCAAAGUUACGUCGAGAGCUGAUCACACCGAAGAGCGGUGGUGGGCCGAAGGAGGAUGGUUUUGAUGUUGCAAAGACUGGAGAUGCGCGCAUUGGAUUUGUCGGUUUUCCAUCGGUCGGUAAAUCCACGUUGCUCUCAAACUUGGCGGGUGUCUAUUCGGAAGUAGCAGCCUAUGAGUUCACAACACUUACAACGGUACCUGGUGUGGUUCGAUACAAGGGAGCAAAAAUCCAAUUACUCGAUCUUCCUGGGAUUAUCGAGGGUGCUAAGGACGGAAAGGGUCGUGGUCGUCAGGUUAUUGCUGUUGCUCGAACUUGUUCCUUAAUUCUAAUCGUUUUGGACGUGUCAAAACCCCUUCAACAUAAAAAGCUGAUCGAAUAUGAAUUGGAAGGAUUCGGAAUUCGUCUGAACAAGCAGCCACCUAAUCUGUCAUUCAAAAGGAAGGAGAAGGGAGGCAUCAACCUGACAGCAUUGGUGCCACAAACGGAACUGGAUGCGGAAUCUGUCAAGCAGGUGUUGGCAGAAUAUAAAAUCCAUAAUGCAGAUAUCACGCUGAGGUAUGACGCGACGAUUGAAGAUUUGAUCGAUGUAGUUGAGGGUAAUCGGGUUUAUAUGCCCUGCAUCUACGUUCUGAACAAGAUUGAUGCGAUUUCGAUUGAGGAGCUCGACAUCAUCUACAAAAUCCCGCAUUGCGUCCCGAUUUCCGCGCAUCACAAGUGGAACUUUGACGACCUUCUCAACAAGAUCUGGGUGUAUUUAAAUUUGAUUAGAAUUUACACCAAGCCAAAGGGCCACCUCCCCGACUAUUCAGCCCCAAUUGUCUUGAACGCCAACAGCAGGUCGAUUGACGAUUUAUGCAUGAAGAUCCACAAAUCCUUGCAAAAGGACUUUAAAUGCGCGCUCGUCUGGGGCUCAUCGGCAAAGCACAACCCACAAAAAGUCGGAAAAGAGCAUAUUCUGGACGAUGAAGACGUCGUCCAAGUUGUUAAGAACCAACUGCUGAGGGUGUGCGAGGAGGAGGACACGACGUUAUUGCGAGGCAAGUCGAUGAAUGAUGGUGGCCAGAAGAAGAAGGAGAAGAAGCCCGUCUCCCCUCACGGCUACCGCGAGAGCAGGGAGAAGGCUUCACCCUUCUCGACCCACCGGCUCCUCCUCACCAACUCGAAAAGCGCCCACUACUAUGCAAAUGUGAGCCUCGCCCUCCUCUGGGGUCGGCGCUUUGUCAUCCGCCAUGUCCACUUGAGGCGCGCAUAUGAUUUUCGUCGCGAGCAGUUGACGAGGCUGGAGCGAGAGUUUGCCAAGGAGAAUUAUGUUUCGAGGAAGACGAGGGGGGAAUUGGCUGCCGAGUUGAAUUUGCCGGAAGGGACGAUUAAGGUGUGGUUCCAGAAUCGUCGCAUGAAGGAUAAGCGCCAAAAGUUGGGAGGUCUUGGAUGGCCAUUCCUGCAGAAUCCGCUGGCCCUGAUGUUCAACCCAUUGGCUGCUCAAGCCCAUUAUGAUGCUUGGCACAAAGCCGCGCUGGCAAAUUACAAUGUUUCUGGUGCUGAUGGAACUAUGCCUCCACUUACGCUGUCCGGCUUUCCAAAUUUCCCUAACAACCAAGAAGAGACGGAAAAUGUUGUCGGAAAAUCAUCCGUCAAUCAAUCGGUGAUAAUGGAGCGGUUAAAGCGCUUCUCAAAUUCCUGUUAUGAAUUUGGGAGAUCUGUGGUUGAAUGGAGAUCCCCAAUGACAGCCCCUUAUUUAAUGUUGAUUAAUUCGGCAUUUUGGGCCGCCAGCCUUUAUGCAGAUCGUGUCUUGCAAAUGCGAUUGCUGAUCACAUUUUCGGCAGCAGUUUUUGGAUGGGAUAUUCUUCUAUCCCCAACCCAUGACAGAAGCAUUGCUACUCAUGUUUUGUUCUGGCCGGCCCAGUCGAUUUGGAGGACGGGCGGUGUUGCUUUAAAUAUCUAUAGUGCGCAUGUUUUGCGGUUGCAAAUGAUGGAAGCCGCAUUUUGGUCGGCGUACUGUGGCCUUGGCUUUCUGCUUGUCAAUCCUGUAUGGAACUAUUACGAUACCAACCAAAAAAUUGUAAAUAUGGGAUCGUAUUCAUGCAAAAGGACAUAUGCUUUUCUUGACGCGGCCAUUAUACAACCGGUACUCGUCGUCGGCCGUGCGAUAAAAUACGUCGUCUGCCUGGAGUUUGUACCACCUGUCUGGGCAGCCAUCAAGCAGGCCUUCAGCUCUACGGGAGGCGGGAUUCGAGGCUUAUGCUCCCAGUUCUCCGCCUGGCUCUCCAGAGGCGUUCGCGCCAUCGCUAAUUGGUGGAACAACUGCGUUUUUAUCCCCAUCAAAAACGGCCUAAAAAGGAUGCUCGCUUGGUUGCGCUAUUGGUUCUGCGCCCACUGGUGGCCGGAUUUUGUCGCCUGGAUCAAACUGAAAUUCGGUCGCCCUCUUCAACGACUGUUCAACUAUUUUUGCUACUGCUUGGUAUACGUGUUCUGCGGACACUGGAUCAAGCCGUUGUGCAGCUGGUUAUGGAAGUAUUUAUGCAUUGUCGGCCAGUUUGUGCACAGGAACGCCGUGGUUCCUAUGAAGCGAAAACUCUUGGAAUGGGCCCACGAGCUUAAGUUACUCACUAAAAGGUUGUUGCAUCAAUUAGCAGUGGCUAUCAGAGAUUCUGUAUUGUGGCCAAUCUUUCUGGCGGUUGCGGGUGCUUUCAAACAGCUUUACGCCGUUAUACACGCAACCCUGAUCCAGCCAGUCAUCGAUUAUAUUUACUUACGCUACAAGAAAGUAGAAGAUGUUGCUUAUAUCUACUGUCUGGGCCCAGUAUGUGAAAAAGUGAUCAACAACAUCCCGGAAAAAUCUCCGUUUUGUGAAGACUCCGACGAAGAGUUGGACGGACUGAUUCCGGACGAAUACUUGGAAGAAGAAGAUCCGCUCGCAGAAAAAGAAGACGUGAUCUUGACACCGGUUGUAAUCAAGGAGACUCCAAAACCGCAGCCAAAAGCCGCACCCAAGGCUGCGCCAAAGGUUCAGGAAGAGGUCCGGAAAAAGCCGGAACUAAAGGUCGAAAUUGACGAUGGGAUUAUAUCCGAAGACGAUCUACUUCCGGAUUUACCAUCUCCAACGGACGAGUUUACAAUGGGCUUGGCGUUCCCAACAAUUCAUGCCAAGGUG